UUUGGGUAACCCAACUGAAUAUAUUUUGGGCCUUAACCGAAGCAGCCCAAGAGUUACCCGUCCAUAGAAGAUUCACCAGCUAUUUUCACAAUCGAUCUCUUUUUCUUGUUCUUCAAGCCUUGGCUAUUUUCACAAUCUCUCUUUCCGAUUCCGAACUUUACCUUUUCAGCUGCAGCAAGUUUUAUUUGGAGGUUAAAAUGACGGCUAAGACAACAAUGGAUGUUCCCCAAAAAGGUGGGUUUAGUUUUGAUUUGUGUAGAAGGAAUGAGAUGCUGGUCAAUAAAGGACUCCGUUCUCCUUCUUUUCUCAAGACUGGUACUACCAUCGUCGGCUUAAUUUUUCAGGAUGGUGUUAUCCUUGGAGCCGACACACGGGCAACUGAAGGGCCAAUUGUUGCCGAUAAAAACUGUGAGAAAAUUCAUUACAUGGCUCCUAAUAUAUAUUGCUGCGGAGCUGGGACAGCUGCGGAUACAGAGGCGGUUACUGACAUGGUCAGUUCCCAGCUGAAGCUUCAUAGGUUUCACACUGGUCGUGAAUCCAGGGUUGUGACAGCUCUUACUCUUUUGAAGUCUCACCUUUUCAGCUACCAAGGCCAUGUCUCAGCUGCUUUGGUCCUUGGUGGUGUGGAUGUCACAGGGCCCCAUCUGCAUACUAUUUAUCCACAUGGAUCAACUGAUACUCUGCCAUAUGCUACAAUGGGCUCUGGUUCCCUCGCAGCAAUGGCUAUCUUUGAGUCAAAAUACCAGGAAGGGAUGAACAGGGAUGAAGGGAUAAAAUUAGUAGCAGAGGCCAUAUUGUCCGGAGUAUUCAAUGACCUCGGUAGUGGCAGCAAUGUUGAUAUCUGUGUGAUAACAAAGGGAAACACGGAGUACUUAAGAAACCAUUUGUCGCCUAAUCCCCGCACCUAUCCACAAAAAGGUUACUCGUUCCCCAAAAAGACUGAAGUUCUCCUUACAAAGAUUACACCAUUGAGAGAGAUUGUACAAGUGAUUGAAGGUGGAGAUGCCAUGGAAGAAUGACUUGUAUUGCAAUGAUAAAAUCCAUUCGUGAACUAUUAGAGUGUCAAACAGUUACAUGAGUAUUUAAGUGUUGAAAAACCUUCAAUUGCAUGUCUAAAUGAAGUACUCUGUGUUAUCAGAUGUAGCUUCCAAAGAAACUCCUUGCUAGAAAACGAAUGAUUGGUUUGAUUUGAAGAAAGGAUUUUGUUGUUUUUGUCA